ACGAAAUGGAUCGGCCAGAUCAUGCGUGAAGUCGCCGGCAGGACGAGAAAUAUCGACUACGCAUUCCCCAUUAUGUACGCAGUCGUAGGGGGAAACGCGUCUAUCGUGGAACUGCUGAUUGAGAACGGCGCAGAUAUCCACUUCAAGGGUAAAGGGGAGCGAAACCCACUCAUCGUGGCUGCGGAUAGAGGGCGUAUUGAUGUGAUAGAAGUGCUGCUGAAGCACGGGGCUGACAUCGAGACGAGUGGUGAGGGAUACACGACGCCGAUGAACACGGCCACGCUAUACGGCAACAAAGAGGCAGUGCUAUAUCUCCUCAGCAAAGGCGCUGAUCCGCAGAGAGCAUGCCACUCAGGCUGGACGCCCUUUGACAAUGCCAUCCGACGCCAGAAGGUGGAACUAGUCAAGGCGAUGCUGGC